GCCCCUUCUCCAACAUUUUGAGAUUGUUUUAAGUGUGCUGAGAUCCAAGAGAAACUAUCUUUUGCCUUCAGCGCAUAGAUAACAAAUGCAUUCACUUGCUACGAGGCACACACCCAAGAUAGAUAAAAGAAGCAGAUUUACAGGCUUAAUUGUAAACCUCGCAAAUUAGUGCGGUCUGCUGAGAACAGGGCAGCGCGGUGUCCGAGGGCACGUCCUGGGCCGGCCCCGUUUCCCGGAGAGCAAACACUUUCGGGUGCCUGCCUGCGACCCAGAGUUUAAAAGGAACCGUGAAAGCACGUGGAACUGGAGGGAGAGGGGGCAAGAAACACGUCUCCCCCGCACCGCCGCCGCCCCACGAAACAGCCCAAAGCUUCACCUGGGAGGGAAAUGUAUAAAUACCACAAUUUGCUGCCAUGAAUGAAGAAUCUGCCACAAUUUGUUUCAAUGAAGAUGAUUAUUACUGUCCUGUCUGCCAAGAUGUGUUCAAAACACCUGUGAGGAUUUCCAUUUGUCAGCAUGUGUUUUGCAGGAAAUGUUUCCUAAUGGCUAUGAAAGAAGGUGGAACACAUUGCCCAUUAUGCAGAGGAAUUGUGACAAGAAAAGAAAAAGCACGUCCCAACAGAGCCUUGGAUGUUGAAAAUAACAUGAAGAAGUUGGUGGGGAGCUGUAGAUGCUGUGACAAACAGAUUAGAUUAUCUCGUAUGAGGCAGCAUUAUAAAUCGUGUAAGAAGUAUCAAGAUGAAUAUGGUGUUUCUUCUUUAAUUCCAAACUUAGAGAUAUCUCAGGAUUCGACAGGAAACAGUUUCAGGAGUGAUUCUUCUACUUCUGAAGUUGGAGAAAAUUCUAAUCUACAAGUUCCUGAAGAAACGACAAGGGGACAGCCCACCUUCAAAUGUCCGUUGUGUCAAGAAAGUAACUUCACAAGGCAGCACUUAUUGGAUCAUUGUAAUGACAGGCAUCUUUAUCAAAUAGAUCCGGUAAUCUGUCCUAUUUGUGUGUCUCUUCCUUGGGGAGAUCCUAAUCUGGUUACUAGAGAUUUUGUUGGCCACUUAAAUCAAAGGCAUCAACUAGAGUAUGGAGACUUUAUGAAUCUUCAGCUGGAUGAGGAAAAUCGAUUCCAAAAUGCUGUUGAGGAAUCUUGUCAAGUGAACCUUUGAAGUCUCUAGGUUGCUCAUGUCACUGUUAUCUGCAAGAGGCAAAGCUGCACCAGUGGUCUCAAUGUUAAUAAAAGGGAACUCUAUCCAGUUCAAAAGCAAUUGUUAUUUUCCUCUAGAUUAAUUUCAUUUGAAAUGCCUUUUAAUUAAACAACAAAAAAGUAAGCUGUAGUAUUACAUUUCAGUAUGGAAUACUCUUUUCUUUGAAUAAUGAGAGGAAAAAUUGCAAAUGUUUGGGGAAAAUUACUACUGUCUGAGAUCAAGCUACUUUGUCCCAUUUACAUUUGAAAAACUAUAUAGUAUAUCCUAGGAAUGUUUUUUGUUGGACUGAAACAAGAGCUGAAAUAUUGUAUUGAAAUGGGGAGAAGGAAGGAGAGUUUGUUUUUGAACCGUUAACAUUUAGCAGACAAAAAAGUGAAUUUGUAUUUUCUCAUAUAUGUGAAAGGCUAAACAGUUUUAUUCUAGCCUGGUACUUUAUUCUAGAAGAGCUACUGUGUAUGUGUAUAUUUUAUAUAUAAAAACACAAAGGGGCAGGAACUUUUUUCAAGGCUGUCAAUGAACAUAAAUACAGGGAUGUUGACUAAGCCUAAUACUAUGGUAAAGAGAGCAGCCACAAUCCAGAGACCUUUACAGGAGGGUGAGAUUUGGCUGCUAGCUAUGGCAUACUGGAAAGAUUAACCUACUGUGUGUGUUCUUUUAAAACAAAAUAAGACACUUUGAUUGAAAGUGCUGUUUUGGCUGCGGUGGGUGGGGGGACACAUCUGUUUCAUAUCGUAGGAAAAACAAUAUAUUAAGAAGUAAUAAAUAUCUUGAGCCAAUACAGACUUAUAAAAGCUCAUUCAUAAAAGGUAUUCAUAAAAGACUUAUGAAUACCUCAUGGGCUUUAUAACAACUAGAAACCUCUGCUAAUGGAAUAUCUUUUGAAAUUCAGUAAAUAUUACUUGCUCUGAUAGACUGGAAUCAUUCAAAUGACAUAGAUAUAAUUUGGGGUGAGUAAAUUCCCCUGGUUCUGAUCUGUUGUUCUGCAUUUCCAUUAUGCCUUGGGUACUGCUCUGGUUGUUUGAAGGCAAAAUGUUAGUAACAGAACUUGCACAUGUACCUUCACACUUUGCUCACUGCACAUUAUCUUCCUUUUAUUUAUUUAUUUUGACUCUUCUGUAUGAAUGUACCAGCUUUCCAUUGCAGAUUUUGAUAACUGACCUGAAUCUGCUGGUAUGCUUCUGCAGAAGAGAAACAUAUUUUUUCCACUGUAGUGCAGCCGCAUGUCACUGCUAAAUAAAACAAAAAAGACAUUCUCUUCUGAA